AUGAAAUUCAUUCACGCCCUUGCGCUCGUCUCAGCACUACCCUUGCUCGUCCCAGCAGAAGAGUUGGACAGGAGGGAUGGGUCGAGAAUCAUGCUAUCCACAACGCAGUUUGAUCCCGCAAUCACCAAGCAGGGCGGCACAACUAAUGCUGCUGGAACUUUCAACGUCUCUCCGCUUGCUAUAUCGACAAGUUAUCAGUUUCAAACCUUGUCGCAGACGAGUACGUUUCAAGUUGGUCCUGUAGCAACCGCCGCUUCAGGUGGUUCAGGUGGUUCAGGUGGUUCAGGUGGUUCAGGUGGUUUAGGUGGUGAAAGUGCAGGAGGAGGAACAGUAGUAGUAACUGCCACAGCACCCACUACAACUCUUGCAAUGCCUCCAAACACGGGCAGUUGGCGUGCAACACAAGUGGCUACUGCUACCAAUCGUUUGCCCAGCUUGGCACUUGGAUCAACAAACAACGCAGUGUCGAUGCCUGCUGAUAGCAGAGCAAUCUGCUUGGCAACCGUCGCUCUUCUAGCUGCCUCGAUGAUCGGAGCGAGUAAUGUUCUUGUCUGA